AAAGCGUUUAAAUGACAUAGAACCUUCGUCUGUCCAUGGACGAUCGGUGUUGACAUUGUAAAAAUGUUAAAAUAAUAUUGUUGCUAACUCACACAUCAUUUUUUAUAAAAGGAACGUAACAGUGUGUAUUUGUAAUAAACAUGUACACAAAUGUUGCCGUCCAUAGAUCGAAAAGUAUGUGCGAACUGCUAAACUCUGAAGAUGAACCAAAACUUGUGUAAGGAAAUGAAGACAUCAGCAAGGAAAAGAAAGACUGGAGAUUACAAGUGCUGAUAAAGAUAUUGAAGUGCAGACUGUGAGUUGACACAGCACAAUGGAAGACAUUGUCGCAAAUGAUGAUGAUCAGGGAGGAAGUUCAAAUCUAAACAGUUCUAUGGACUCACUAUGGUGUGAUCCUGUACAGAUUGAGGGUGUCAGAGAAAGUGUGGACGGAGACCGACGGAAAGACCGGCACAGUACAAGUUCGGACGUGACCCUGGAGGGAGUUAGUAACAGUGAAAGUGUCAGCACAUUGGAGCUAUGUGAUAGUGGGGAGCCUGAUAAACAGUCUCCCAGUUCAGAGUCUAACAUUUCCAGACCUGAUAGCCUUUGUCUACCAAGGCCACUGCAGCAGUAUGAGCGAAAAAGAAGUAAAAGUGACGGACAGAAUCAACUGGCGUCCUACAUCAAUAACAGUACCAAUGUUAUAACUGAAUGGAGGAGUUGUAGGUCAGCCAGUACCACCGAAGAAAUUCUGGGGAAAAAAGAUCCAGAGUUUGAAAAUAUUGAAGAGACAAUGCUUUCAAAGAGUAUGCCACAUGGAACCAUAGUAAGGAAAGGAGAAAUGAUAGAGUUUAUUGCUGAGGAUUUACAAGAGAAAAUUAGGAGGAGUAGCCCUUUAACAAAGACAGAUUCCAGUGGUUUGAGCAGCAGAACCUCAAGCCUUAGAAGCAUAUCAAGUGUCAACAGCAUGUCCAGUUCCUCGUCUGCCAUGGCAACCAGCAGUCUCAUGCAGCAAAGUCCUGAUGACAUUCCUCCAAUCGACGCCAGUGCCAUACUGGAGCUUGAGGCGCAUGCCAGACGAGUGGCCGAUAGUGUGGACCUCAUGAUGGGCAAUCUGAGGUCUAACUUACAUAAGAUGUCCGCCAUAACAGUAGGAUGUCUGGAUGCCUAUAAAACUUCUGUCGAUGUUACCUGUGAUUCUGUGGACAGCAGUAUAAAGGCGAUGUAUGCCUUAAUGGCCAAGUGUGAAGAGCUGAAUAACAACAUGGGACCAGUAUACCGACUAGGGGACCAGAUUAAGGAAAUCAAGAGACUGCUGGACAGGUUUGAGUCCCAGCUAACUGACAACACAUCCUGACCAAGCUACCCACCCAAGGAACCAACUGGGGCACAACUCAUGUGUCAAACUGCACAGGACUCUAGUCCGUUUGCUGAAGUGUCCUGUGGUGGAUUCAGACAGUAAACAGCCCACCUGAUAUGUGCAAUAUAUUUACAUUUAUUCCAUAAUGACAACAUCAUCAUUUUUCAUUUUUCAAUUGUCUUAUUUCUAACU